AAGUCAUGGGACGAAUGAUAUGAUUCGGUACUGAUUCCAUGACGCCGCCAAGGCAAACUAUGCUUUCUACAUGGCUCCUUUUGAUCUCAAGUUUGGCUUCUAAUACCCAUGGUCAUCUGGCAGCACUGUAUUCAUAAAGUAUUAAAGAGGAAAAAAAGUCCUUGGAUUUUGCCUCUCAGAAACUUGGAAAGGAAAUGGCGCCUGCCUCCGUGAAUGCGAAAGUGAGUGCCAAAUGGCGUAAGCGAGUCAAGAUCGAAUAUCUUCGUCUGCGCCAACAGAAGAAGUUUCGCCAUCAGGAUGAUAUGCGGAUGGCUUGGAAGAACAAUCGUGCCAAUCUCCACGGCCAUGAACAAGACCCCGCCUUUAAGAUGUUCGCCCCAAAUCCGCCCCUCAAACCCAUCUGGGUUUGCUCCGAAGAUCCACCUUCCCAUUCUCAGUUCAUUCGACGAGCUGAGGCCAAGGACAAUGAGGGCAAGAUUCAAUCCAAUCCCAUCAAGAUUAUCAACGCUGUCAAUCCAAUCCCGACGAUGUAUAGUUGGGCGCCUUUGCAACAGAACUUCAUGGUCGAGGAUGAAACUGUUCUGCACAACAUUCCCUACAUGGGUGACGAGGUCUUGGAUCAGGAUGGAACCUUCAUUGAAGAACUCAUCAAGAAUUACGACGGGAAAGUGCACGGCGAGAAGGAGAGCGGGGUGAUUGAUGACGAUCUAUUCGUGGAUCUGGUCAACGCCCUCAAUCAACACGACAAGGAAUCUGACGAUGAAGAGGACAAAGAGGACAAGGAAGAGGAGGACGAGGAUCAAGGCCAAGAGAAAAUAACCAAAGUGGAGAAAGAAAAGAAGACUGACAAAAACGAGGAAAAGGAAGGAUUGCCCUCCCUCAAAGUGUUUCAAGCCAUAGCGGUAGUAUUCCCCGAUAUGGGGAAACCCGGCGAGCUCAUCGACAAAUUCAUUGAGAAAUCCGAGAACAAGGACAUUGCUCCCAAGAAGUGCACCCCGAAUAUCGAUUCGGCCGAGGCUAAAUCUGUACCUCAUUCGGACACGAUGCACUCAUUUCACUCUCUGUUCUGUCGGCGGUGUUUCAAAUAUGACUGCUUUCUUCACCGACUUCAGGCCUAUCAACCGGGGCCCACCAAUAAACGACGUGGCCCAGAGCUGAAGGUGUCCAAAGAGCCGUGUAGUCCUGAAUGUUUCCUGCUCCUGGAUGAGGUCAAGAAAGAGAGGAAAACCAGUAAUGAAGGGACCGGUCCGGAGGGAGGUGAGAAUUCGAACAAUCCGAGCAAGAUCCGGAAGAACACGUCGGUCGAUUCAGGCAAUGAGGCCAGUUCUGAGGAUAGCAAUGAUUCCACCACGAGAUCGAGUCUGCCGCCGGGUGGAAAACAAUCCGGCACUCAAAGUGGGUAUUCGAGUUGUUCGGAAACGCGCCGCAACUCGUUUUCCGGGGCAGGGCCGGAUUUCAAAUCGUUCAGCCGCCAAUCGAGUGUGGGAGGGAAUGGUCGGAACAAAAACGACCCGAAUCGAAUGCAGAAAGAGAUGGAGAAUAUUCCAGGGAUCAGCCAGGCUCUGGCCAAAGCCAUCAAUCCCCUUCCGGACAUUGAUCCGGAUUCGCAUAUCUGGACGGGAGGCGAGCAAUCGCUAUUCCGCGUGCUGGUCCGCACCUUCUUGACGAACUAUUGCGCCAUAUCGCAAGCCUUGGUCACGAAAUCCUGCAAAGAAGUCUACGAAUUCGCACAGAAGGACGCCAGCAACUUGGACAAUGUUGAGAACUUGCGCGAAUUCACACCUCCCAAGAAGAAGAAACGUAAGAAGCAUAGCCAAUGGCUCAAUCAUUGCCGGAAAACUCAGCUAAAGGACAACGGCCAGAACCAAGUGUUCAAUUAUUCGCCUUGCGAUCAUCCGGAUCGACCUUGCGAUGAGAACUGUCCCUGUAUUGGAUCUCAAUAUUUCUGCGAGAAGUUCUGUCAAUGCAGCUCGGAAUGCCCUAAUCGAUUCCCGGGUUGUCGCUGCAAGGCCCAAUGUAACACCAAGCAAUGUCCGUGCUUCUUGGCCGUGCGGGAGUGCGAUCCCGAUCUCUGUUCAAAAUGCGGGGCCGAUUCAUAUGAUGUGAGUAAGGCAUGCCGAAAUAUCGUCGUUCAGCGAGGCCUCGGCAAGCGACUCCUUAUGGCUCCCUCUGACGUGGCAGGUUGGGGGAUUUUCAUCCGCGAUUUUGCGGCGAAAAACGAGUUCAUUUCGGAGUAUUGCGGAGAGAUCAUCUCUCAGGAUGAGGCAGAUCGCCGUGGCAAGGUAUACGAUAAGUACAUGUGCUCUUUCUUGUUCAAUCUGAACAAUGAGUAUGUGGUGGAUGCCACGAGGAAAGGGAAUAAGAUCAGGUUUGCCAAUCAUUCCAUCAAUCCUAAUUGCUAUGCCAAAGUGCUCAAAGUCAACGGUGACCAUCGAAUCGGGAUCUUUGCCAAGAGGAACAUUCAAUCGGGUGAAGAACUGUUCUUUGACUACCGUUAUGGACCCACGGAACAACUGCGAUUUGUGGGCAUCGAACGGGAAAUGGAAUUCCUCUAAUAAGAUGGGCUAAUUACCAGGUCUUUUUUUAUUUGGCAUUUAUUGCUUGUUUACAUGGUCUCAAGGCAAACCUUACCAGAUUCAUCCAUGUGAUUAUUUGAUCCCUUGAAAAUGAAUAAAUUUGUGUUUGCAAAGCUGAAA